AAUUCAACAAAUUCAACUUCUAGGUAGAGACAUGCGYGGAAGCAUGCAUGAUAAACUWUGGAACCAGAUAGAAGCAGAAAUCCACUUACAUCGACACAAAACUGUAAUUCGGGCUUGUCGAGGACGUAAAGAYCCACACAACAAACCUCCAAAGCCCCCACCACCUCCUGCGCCAUCAGAAGAUAUCAAUGAUGAUGACUUAGACUCUGUGAAUAGAAAGAGGCGUGGUAUAGGGGAACCAAGAACUAUCGUCAUUCAUAAGGACAAAUCUGAAGGACUUGGAAUAUCAAUCACAGGAGGAAAAGAACAUGGAGUUCCAAUCCUUGUGUCAGAGAUUCAUGAAGGCAUGCCUGCCUCAAGAUCAGGUGGCUUAUAUGUAGGUGAUGCCAUACUUGCUGUCAAUGGAACUGACUUACAGGACUCAAAACACAAUGAAGCUGUCAAGAUACUGUCAAGAGUGUAUGGUGAAAUAACUCUUGAAGUAUUGUAUGUUGCGCCUGAUGACUCUAGUGAUGAAGAGGAGGCUGAUUGGGAGGAAGAUGAAGCUAAAAGGUAUAGCAUGCUUGGUAAAGUAGACGACCCUGCCACAGAACUGGCUAACGGCGAUGUGUAUAUGACCAACUCUACUGGAGACUCGACCAGAUCAUCGUCAACCCUCGCAGCAACCCUACCAUUUUUACCAGUUCAUCCUGGUCAAGCUAAACCAGACUACCAUAAUACAACAGUAAUCACGCCACCAUCAAGCACAGCCUCACCCACCACCCCUAGGCUGCAUGUUUCACCAACCAGCCCUAGUGACCAUGCCCCACCUAUCACCCCUAGGGAGGUUUAUCGUUCACCCUCUCAACGAUCGUCACGAUCUAGUUCCCAGUCCUCAAUGUCGYUAGCUGUUACUCCACAGCAUAGCAAAGAAAUGAACGUUGGUACAAUAUCUCCGAUAUAUCAGUCAUCAAAAGAUGCAGUGGAUGGAAACGCAUUGUUUUCACCAACGACAUGACGCUCCAAGUGAGAGAUAACAGGGGCGGAUCCAGCAUUUUAUCAGGGCCGGGGCUUUUGUCAGCGCGUGUACCUUUUCCCGCCACCACAGGAUUCCCGGUCUUGAUAGUGUUGUGUUUGCUGUUCGUUUUCUCGAUAAAAGUACAACAGACGUAUAAACAGCAGAAAAAACGUUUGUACUGAUAUAUUUAAAAAAAUUACGCCGUCAAAAAAGGGGGGUGCAUUCGUAACCAAAAAAUCUCACCUGGAUCCGCCCCUGAGGAAAUACACUCAAUAAAUGGACAUUGUUGAGUUCAAAAUCGUAGAUCAUAAGAAGCUGAGAGCUAAAGGAGUCUUCAUCACAGUUCCAUACCCCAUCUUAACCUCGCCGAUUGAAAGGGCGCGGUUACCUUUCAAGAUGGCGCCGGUACCUGUGAGUACAAAUGAAUAAAUGAAUUAGUUAUAUUGAGAAUUGUGGAACUUGGAUUCUUGUUAUUAUGCCUCUCAGCUUCAAUGUUCCAUGAAUUAGAACUCGACAACGGAGCCUUAGUUAAGAAAAUUUAAGGUUCAAUUAACAUAAAGUAGUUUAAUAUGUUGAAGUAUAUUUUAGAUAAAACACAGGUUUUGUACAUUUUUGGCCCAUUCGGAUGCCUUCAACAAUUUAUUAUGAAAAAGAUUUGUUUCUGAUUUAGGAAUUAAUAUCUUCAAAAAAAAAAUUCAAUGUCUAUAAGACUAAAUAUAUUUUGCGAUAAUGUGGUUUUAGUAAACCAGUUGAAAAAAUUAAUCYUGAAGUCAUAUUUAAUUGAAAUACAGCAAUUUUUGCAGGUUAGAAUUUGUAGAAAUAUAUGCUACAAUUGGAAAGAAAAAUAACAAAUUAUCAGUAAUGAAAUUUUAACUAAAAGCAAAGCGUAUAACAGGAUAUUCACAGUCAUCGCGGUGCGGAAUAAAGAUGAUAAAAACUAA